CUUGUGUUCCGAUGCCUCAUCCAGGCAAGCAAGGAUGGGUUUGAGACAAUUGCACUGCCAGCGUUUGGUACAGGGGCCCUACGGUAUCCUGCCAAGGACGUUGCACAGCUCAUGUAUCACGCUAUUGAUCUAUUCACCCAAGACGAGAGAGCAGGGCCACUGAAAGAGAUUUUCAUAGUUAUCUCCCGUGAGUCAAGGCUGGAAGUGAAACAGCUGUUUCUCGCUCAUCGCCUGUCCCACAAGCUCAAGACAAGGCAAUUGGCUCAUCCUAGAACAGGAUGGAACCCGCUCUUAAUGUUAAUACCUUUUUACACACGGUUACGGUCGGAAAGGGAUUUUCGGUUUACCUGCCUUUUUAAAUGAAGAGGUACGGAAACGGGACACCAAAUGUGAGGUUAGGAUCAUGGUGUCCGACACGCUUGUCCAGAUUAUCAACGGAGGUAUUGCAGAGGCGUGUGACGUCACAGGGGCACUGCUCUUGAUCUGGAGGACGGAAGAUAUUACGAAUCCGAACGGCCAUUCAGGUCUUACAAGUAUUGACCGUAAUAGACACGACUGGGACUGCUGCCGCAGACAAGUUGCGGAUUUAAAGAGGGUUAGAUGUGUGGCGGACACCGUCACUGUCCCAGGGACGACCCUCAUCAACACCUACAGCAGCGACAACAGCCAGACCAGCGUGAGUGAGGCAUUGCAGAGGGGGUUAAUUCUUGCUGCCAAGAAAGGGUGUUACCAUGUGACCGUGCCGGUGCCUGCUGAAGGCAGCCUCGCGGCAAGACCUGAUCGAGCGGGCGCCGCCAUUGCUUUUGCCGUCAACCGGCGUUCCUGUGGUGUGUUUGUCGUAACAGUGGUCAUUCCCGAUAACGCCAUCUAUAUUGGAAUAGUAACCAGUGUCGCUAGACGUGGAAUAGUGCAGGAGCCCCCGGAUGUCAGCAAAGUUUCCCUUGUCGAUUCCUUUUGGAAAGUGACGUUCUCGCGUCAGCACAGCCUUAGAGAGAUACAUACCACAGCAGUGGAUGCCGUCAUGGUCGUCACUUCAGACUCGGAGGAGACAAACAGGAACGCUGCCAAGGCCGUUGAAAGGGAGCUGCACGUGCCGCUGCAGGAUGUCCUGCACGUCCACACAAACCUGACCAGGGAUUAAUCAGAUCAGUGGCCGAUAUUUCGGUUCCAGAUCUGCGUCAAAUGAUAAUAAUUGCCUGCUUGAAUAUCACAUUACGAUAUUGUCUGAAUUGGAAAGCCAAGGCUCAUUGAAAUCCUAGAUAAAUUCCUGUUAUCUGUUCUCAGUUUCUCCUUGCAGGCAGUAAUGAAAUCGUACUAUCUUCUGUUUACCAUUGCAAAGAGGAAGGAACCUGUCUGUCGUCAGUUAACCCUUGCAAAGAGAAAGGAACCUGUCUGUCGUCAGUUAACCCUUGCAAAGAGAAAGGAACCUGUCUGUCGUCAGUUAACGAUAGAAGGGGAUAGAAGGGAAACCUGUCUGACAUCGGUUAACCCUUGCUAACAGGAGGGAAACAUGUCUGUCAUCAGCUAACCCUUGCUAACAGGAGGGAAACAAGUCUGUCACCAGCUAACCCUUGCGGAUAGAAGGGGAACAUGUCUGUCAUCAGCGAACCCUUGCGGAUAGGAGGGAAACCCAUCUGACAUCGGUUAACCCUUGCGAAUAGGAGGGAACUUGUCUGUCAUCAGCUAACCCUUGCGAAUAGGAGGGAACUUGUCUGUCAUCAGUUUUCCCUUG